UCUGUGUAUCAUAUGUUUCAGUUUCACUCACAUAGUCUCACAUUAAUCACUGGAAUUGAGAGGUUUCAACCUAUAUUAUGUGAGCUGUGUUGCAUUCAAACUUGAAAGUUAAACAAUAUUUUAAAACGUAUAAGAGGAAUUUAUUUAGAAAAUAAAUAAAGUGGAGAAAAAUUAUUAAGUGCUUAAUAGUGUGUUUUUGAAACUGAACAAUGGAAACUGUUAAACAUUCAGAGCAAUUUGAGGAAUGGAAGAAAAAGGCAUUCAUUGGUCCCCUACCUUCAGGAUUUCUACGAGUGGAUGAUGUUAAUACCUUGGCCCAACAAGAAGCUGCUGAUCGACAAGCGGCUUUAGCCCUACAUCAAGCCCAGAUGAGAAAUAUGCCAAUGCAAGCUAACGAUCCACGUGUAGGAAGACUUAGCAUUACAAUAACUCAGGCGAAACUAGUUAAAAACUAUGGAAUGACCAGAAUGGAUCCGUAUGUAAGGUUGCGUGUUGGACAUGCAGUUUAUGAAACACAUACGGCGAUUAAUGGAGGCAAAAAUCCACAUUGGAAUAAAGUUAUACAAUGUUUACUUCCACCCGGUAUUACUCAAAUUUAUGUAGAGAUAUAUGACGAGUGUUCGUUUACGAUGGAUGAAUUGAUCGCCUGGGGACAUAUAGAUAUUCCCUCGCAAGUCAUUCAGAGGGGAGAGACUUAUGAGGAUUGGUACUUACUGAGUGGUAAGCAGGGUGAUCAUCAAGAAGGUUCGAUAAAUCUGGUCCUUAGUUAUACUAAUAAAAACGUGCCUCAUCCCCAAAUGAUGGGGCCUCCAUUCAUGGUAGUUCCGUCUCCAACUGUUUUUGGGGCAGGCGGUCCAUAUGCACCAGUUAAUGUUUAUACGGCUCCUCCUUCAGCUGGAACGCAACCUGCUCCCGCAAGUACUUUACCACAGGCCGAAGAGGAGCUAAAGCAGAUUGCUGAAAUGUUUCCAAACAUCGACAAGGAUGUGAUAAAAUCGGUCUACGAUACCAAAGGUGGUCAACGAGCAACGACUAUAAAUGCGCUACUACAAAUGAACGAAUAAUAAUUAUCCAUUCCUCGUACAUUUUUACUGUCAUAUUUUAAAACGUCAUAUUUGUACAUUAUCUGCUUAAGUGUCAUUCAGUCAAGAUGUAAUAUAUUUGUAAAUUAUUAACAUUUA